UUGGAGAGAGUCGGGUACGGCUCCAUGUCACGGUGGGAUUAGUGCUCCAGGAAGGGGUGUAGUAUUCAAAAGGAGGCAAGAAAGGAAACAAGAGGGAAUUCGCUGCCUAGGGGGAAAUCAAACCUUACAGUUCACCAUGCCCGCUCAAAAUAAAGAUGAAGGAGGAUGGAAGAAGUUUGUAUGGAAUUCGGAGAAGAAGGAAUUUCUUGGACGCACCGGCAGUAGUUGGUCAAAAAUCUUCCUGUUCUAUCUCGUCUUUUAUGGCUUUCUGGCUGGGAUCUUUAUCGGCACUAUCCAGGUUCUCCUCCUCACCCUGAGCGAUUACAAACCCACCUGGCAGGACAGAGUAGCUCCUCCAGGGCUCUCUCACCACCCCCGUUCAGACAAGGGUGAGCUGAUCAUCAGUCCGGAGGAUGAUGAUACCUACAGGACAUACGUCAAAGCCAUGAAAGAAUUCUUAGAUUCCUAUGACACAGAAAAACAAGUGGACCCAAUGAAGUUUGAGGAGUGUGGAGAUCAACCUGGAGAAUACAAGAAUAGAGGUGAUCUAGAAAGUGACAUGGGUGUCAGAAAGGCAUGCCAGUUUAAGAAAUCUUUUCUAGGACCCUGUUCUGGCAUUGAAGAUCGUAAUUUUGGAUACUCAGAGGGGAAGCCCUGCUUGAUUGUCAAGCUCAACCGGAUUGUAAACUUCAGACCUAAGCCACCAGCAUCAAACGAAAGCAUUCCAGAAGAUGCACAGCACAAAGUCCAGCCCAACGUGAUUCCUAUCCACUGCACAAACAAGAAAGAAGAGGAUGAAGGUAAGCUCGGUGAAGUGAAGUACUACGGUAUCGGAGGAGGCUUUCCUCUUCAGUAUUACCCCUACUACGGGAAGCUCCUGCACUUACACUACCUGCAGCCCCUGGUGGCCGUCCAGUUCGUCAACAUCACCCCGAACGCGGAGAUCCGCGUGGAGUGCAAAGUGUUUGGGGAAAACAUUUAUUACAGCGACAAGGAUCGCUACCAGGGACGAUUCGAUGUUAAAAUCGGUGUCAUGACCAAAUCAACAUGACCUCUGAACAGAGUACCUCGUCUCUCUCCCUAUUUAAAGGCAAACUAAGGCCCCUCUUCUGACUUGAGAUACAAAUGCACCAGAGAGAAGUUUCUCGCCGGUCUUCCACAGUGUUUAACCGAGGGGAUGUUUUUUUGAAUGUACAAGUGUCUCAUGUCAGAAAGAGGCCUCACUUUAGUAUAGGAGAGAUUACUUAAAAAAUAAAAAAAUAAAAUAAAAAUAAAAAAAAAUAUAUAAAAGAUUAUUUAAAACCACUAGUUUAAAACAACAUACCGUCUUACAUGUGUGGGACCUAACAUUGUCUGUACUCUUUCCUUCAAGCUUUCUGCUUUAAGUGUAGGGUUAGAAUGUAAACACCUGGAGGAUUAGCCAUAGCAUUAAAUAUUUAUUCUACUACCAAAUGAGAAGUGUCCACGAUCAAAGGGGCAUGUUGUUUUACUGUAAAUUACAUUUCCUCUACCGAUGUAGCCAGCACUGUUUUGUCCCUGUUGUAUUGUAUUGCUGCCUUGUGUGAUUUCCCUAUAUUUAGAACGUGCACAUUAGUUGCAUAUGUAGGUUGUUUUGAACAAUGCUAUGUGUGUGAUUCAGCAUCAUUUGUCAAAUGUGCCUACAUGUAUGUAUAGUUACUUAAUGGAAAUACACUGGCCUCUUAACAUUGCCUUUCAGGGGUAUUGAUGUUCUAUCUUUGCAUCUUUUAGGUGUAUUAGGUGGGUAAUGAACCUUUUUUUCCCCUAAAAUCACUACAGUGUAGGAGGGGAAGAUUGUACUUCUCUAUUAAUAAUCGUUUUCUCUGAAUGUAGAUGGUGUCUUUGGUUUUAUGGUGUCAUUCACGUGUGGAGGGAACCGCUAUACUGAAGCUUUGAUUUUUGUUUUUACAUCUCUGUUUUCUUCCUUGCCUUGUCAUUCUUCUUCUUAUUGAAGACGUUACAUGGCGUGGUUGAAUGUUCUAAAUUUCAAUAUUUAUUGAGUGGUGACCUUAAAUAAUCUGUUCUUGCACAUGCUCAUUCUCGUCAUGAAUUCAUGAACUUGUCAUGAAUGUUACCAAUGCCAAAGCCAUUAAAAUGAUUCUAGAUUUUAUCAGAAGUAAUGCAAUACCCUGUCCAUCGGGAUGUUUUGUAGGUGUGCGCAAUCAGUGUCAAACACCAGAAAUGUCAAAUUUCAUGAGUCUCACAAGCUCUCAUGUUGAACUGGAAAAGACUAAACAAAAUAAAACUGAGACUCUCAA